UUAUAAAUUUAAUAAUUUAGUGUAUAUUCGAUUUAGAGAAAAUGAUCAAAGUCAUUAUUAUACGUAGCGUGAAAAAAACCUUUCUUUUACCAUUCUAACCAAAUUCCCAAUUCUAAGGUCACAAACAGGCUGCUCUUGUAUGACUGGACAAGCUUUGUUUAUCGCGCUCGUAACAUCGUACAUCAGAAAUUAUCUGAUUUUGAAACAAUAUUUGUGAUUAUGCUCGCAAGAUCCAGAUAAGAUCGUGAGAUCUAUGUGCCAUCCAAUACACCAUUUUUACUCUAGAAUCAAAAUCAGUCAACGAGGGUUCGAAAUCAGAGCAUCGUAGCAGAGCAACCACGCACACAUCAUCGUCACCUCCUCACACAUCAUUGCCUAGGCCCAUGAGGGUUUAUAUAGUAUCCAUGAAGAUGAAUGAUUCUAAACGGGUGGAACACACAAUGCUUAAUUUCCAUGAAAUUAGAGCCUAAAACUAGAAGACAAAUUAAAGAUGAAGAGUUAUAAUACACUGCCCCAAAUUAGAUGUUCAAAGACUUGCAAGUCUUGGCAAUUUGAAUUUAUUAUCAAGAUCUUUUCCAAACUUGUGAUAUUUUCAAAGAUACAUCACUUUUAAAAAAGUGAUGUGAUGAGAAUUGUUAAAAGUGGGCUCCACAAAAAGUAAUUCUUGGUCUGUGUUAGAAGGCCCAAACAUGCUCCUGGACCCACGAGAGUGGCCUCAAAUUGGUGGCCACUUAUAUGAGGCAUACAAUAUUUCCAUCAAUACUUAUUUUCCAUAAAAUUAGAACAAUACUAUAAGAAAAAUCAUAGAUGCAGAAUUGGAAUUAAUGGCCCCAAAUUAUACGUUCAAAGACUUAUAAGUCUUGGGAAUUUGUCUUUAUUGUGGAUAUCUUUUCUCAUCUUGUGAUAUUUUGCAAUUUGUAUUUUUUAUAAAAAAAAAAAAAUUGAAAGUAUGAACUGGAGAAGCUAUGUAGUUUAGUUGAUGGAUAGGCUAAUUACUAAUUACUUAAUGUGUUCUUCUAACAGCUAUCAUAGAGAGUAAAAUGAAAAUUUUAUUGAAUAUACUUUCAUGUAUUCUAUUUAUUUGUUUAUUUUUUAAAUUAAUGCAUGUACAAAGAAAAUUAUCUAUCAUAUUGUAAUGAGCAUCUCAAUUAAGGUUUAGUAACUUAAACAUCAUUAUACUUUCAUGGUUUUUUACAUUCAAUACACGAGCAGAAAUAAAUUUUCAUAUAAUAAUACUCAUAUCAGUUAAGAACUAGUUAUCUACAUACCUGUAUGAAGCAGAAUCUAAGUUGAUCAUUUCAAUAAUUAUUAUUAAUAAUUUGUAUCCGGUUUAACACCUUUUUUUUGUUUUUUGGAAAAAGUAUUAUCCUGGAUGUCUUUAAAUGACCAACAUACCCCUUGUAUUACAUCAAGAGGUAGCAAACUAUGAAGUAGGAUACUAUAAUAAUUAAUACAUCAAUAUUUUGUCUUUCUGAUUAAUAUUAAUAACAUGAUUUUGUUAAAUUUUGCAAAGUGCUAAAGGUGAAUGGAGUGGAGCUUCAGAAGCUACAGAUUGUUGAUCAGAAAACACAGUGGUAGAAUUGGAGUCUUUAAUAUGUGAUUUUUGAUUGACAGAAGUUUAAUUUAGGUAAACAGAAGCCAAUUGGUAGCAGCAGGAGGAAAUGAUAUGAAGCAGUGUUUGGAUGAUGAGAGAGAUGCUCUCCUUCUUUUCAAAGCUCCCCUUCAUGACCAUCAUGAACAUCUCUCCAAAUGGACAGCUGAAGGAGAUGACUGCUGUAACUGGAAAGGAGUCACGUGCAGCAACCAAACAGGUCAUGUCACAGGGCUUGAUGUCAUUGGAUAUUGGCUUGAAGGUGAGAUAAGCCAUUCAUUGCUUAACCUAACCUACUUGAAUAUUCUUGAUCUUUCCUACAAUUCUUUUCGUGGAACCAUUCCCACCAUCAUUGGUUCUUUGACCGAGUUAAGGUACCUUGACCUUGGCUGGAAUCAUUUUAAUGGAACCAUUCCUCCAGAGUUUGGAAACCUCACCAACUUGCAGCACCUUCAUCUUAAUUCUGUUGGAAGGUGUAGAGUUAAAAGCAUAGAGUGGCUGUCUCAUCUCUCUCAUUUGCAGUCCCUGAGAAUGGGUGGGAUUUCCCUAGCCAAACAAAAUCACUGGGUAGAUGUCAUUCUGAGUCUCCAGAAACUCUCAGAUUUAUCUUUAGGUGGAUGUGAGCUGUCACAGGUCAUGUAUCCAUAUUCUUCUUCAUUUCUCAACUCUUCUUCUUCUUCAUCUAUUGUUUACCUUUAUCUCCAAAACAACAAUCUCACCUCAUCCAUGUAUCGUUGGUUGCUACCAUUAACCAGCAAUAAACUUCGUUUUCUUUAUCUCUCUAGCAACAUGUUAGAUGGGAUACCCAAAUAUCUUGGUAACCUCUGUAGCUUGGAGUAUUUGGAAAUCAGUAACAACUCGGCUGCUGUCAAAUUUCCUGAUUUUCUCAACAAUUUGUCUGGAUGCACAUCCCUUUCAUUACAAGAGUUGUCUGCUCAAGGAAGCCAAUUUACAGGGUCAUUUUCCAUUGAGAUCCAAAAGUUUUCAUCCCUGAUGUAUUUGUACCUAACUGAUAAUCACUUAAUUGGAAGUAUAAGUGAGAAACUGUGGGGACUACCCAGACUUGAAUUGCUUGACAUUUCUUUUAAUAAUCUUACAGUUCCUUCCACAUAUCACUUGUCAAACAUCUCUUAUGUUAAGAAUCUAGAUCUGAGCUCUUGCAAGCUGCUAGGGCCUCGCUUCCCCAAAUGGAUUAUUCAGACACUUAAAAAUCUUACCUUUCUUGAUCUUUCCAAUACUGGAAUUUCAGACACAAUUCCUCUAGAGUUUUGGGACAGCUGGCCUUCUCAAUUAGAAUAUCUGAAUCUCUCUUCCAACAACAUUAGCGGGAAAGUACCAGAUUUAUUAUCAAAAUUUGACAAAGAUUAUUCAGCGAUAGAUUUGAGUUCCAACAGCUUUCAUGGUCCGAUACUGAAUGUUCCUUCCACUUUGUCAAUAUUAAAUCUUUCCAGAAACAAAUUCUCUGGAGGGAUCGCCUUUAUAUGCCAAAUUGUUGAUGGGUUCUUAGAAUUUCUUGACCUCUCUCAUAACUCAUUAACCGGACAACUCCCGGACUGUUUGUGGCAUUUUAAAUACCUAAGAGUUCUUAAUCUCGGACACAACAAUCUCUUUGGAAGGCUUCCUCCCUCUAUUGGAUCUUUGAUACAACUCCAGGUGUUGUAUGUAUACGAUAACAACUUCUCCGGAGAAUUGCCUUUGUCCUUAAAAAAUUGCACGGGUUUAAUCUCAUUGAAUUUGGGGGCCAACAAGUUUUCUGGUGAUGUGCCUGUUUGGAUAGGAGAAAACCUAUCAGGGCUGUAUGUUCUUAUCCUAAGAUCAAACAACUUCUUUGGAACCAUCCCUUUACAGUUAUGUCAGUUACCUAAUCUUCAAGUUUUGGACUUGUCAAUGAACAAUCUCCAUGGAAGCAUCCCCUCAUGUUUGAGUAAUCUUACGAGCAUGCUUCACCAAGGAGGAUUCCCACAAGAUACACAGUAUUUUAUAACUUUAGGAGGUCUUAAUAUUAUAUAUAAACGUGGUACAUAUGUUGACCAUGCAAUGAUUGAGUGGCAAGGAGAUGAACGUGAAUUUAGUAGAACUCUGAAAUUGGUGAAGAGCAUUGACCUGUCCAGCAACAAUCUAACAGGACAAAUCCCAAAUGAAAUUACCAAUCUUUCAGACUUGAUUGCCCUGAAUUUUUCAAAGAAUGCUCUAUCUGGAGAGAUUCCACAGCAUAUUGGUGAGAUGAAAAAGCUUCUAACUUUGGAUUUAUCCAGAAACAAUUUAUCAGGGAGGAUGCCAUCAAGCAUGUCUCAGAUGAGCUUACUGAAUUACCUAGACUUGUCAUUUAAUAACUUGUCAGGGAGAAUCCCAACGAGCACUCAGCUCCAAUCCUUUGAACCUUCAAGAUACAAUGGAAACAAAAGACUAUGCGGACUUCCCCUUACCAAAAAAUGUCCUGGAGAUGAAGAACCAGAAGUACCACCUCUGAUUGGUAAAGGUGAGGGUGAUGGGGAAGACACAGAUGAUGAUGAACUCUGGGGAUGGUUUUGUAUUGGUGUGGGAAUGGGUUUUGCUACUGGAUUUUGGAUAGCAUGUGGGGCUUUACUUCUCAACCGCCAAGGGAGACGUGCAUUUUUUCAAUUUUAUGACAGCUUCAAAGAUUGGGUUUAUGUCAAGGUGGUUGUGUUCGUUUCAAGUUUCCAAAAGAGUAGAUAGGAGUAGUUUGUCGUUUAAUUUUUUAUUUUUGAUUUCUUAUUUUCUAAUAUGUAAUGUAAUGUAAUUUGGUUGUGGUUUUUAAAUCCCCCAUAUCAAUAUAUUUGCCACCAACACCAUGGGUGGCCAUUUUCCC